AUGUCUGUAAUUCUUGUCACUGGAUCUUAUGAUCAUGAAAUCAGGUUCUGGGAAGCAUGGAGUGGAAUCUGUUCCCGUACUAUAGCAAGAUCUGGAGAGUCUGGCGUGAGCAACACGUUUUCCCAUUUUCCGUCCAAACGCCUUUUAGCUGCAGCAAUUCACAAAAAGGUCUACAUUUACGAGAUUACCAGCACCUCCUCGACACCACUAACGUGCCUGGAUGCUCAUACAAAUAAUGUAACCUCCGUGUCCUUCCACAGCGAAGGCAAGUGGUUAGUGACGGGUAGUGAAGACGGCACCAUCAGAAUAUGGGAUCUUCGAAGUACGCAAGUGCAUAGAACGUAUGAUAACGGCGCCCCUGUGAAUGACGUCUGUGUCCAUCCAAAUCAGGGGGAGCUCAUAUCCUGCGAUCAAGCGGGUUGCAUUAAGCAAUGGGAUUUAUCCGAAAAUCUUUGCUCACACGAGCUGACACCUGCAGGCGACGUUCCUAUUCGGUCUGUCAGCUUGGCAUCUGAUGGCUCUUGCCUAGUUGCUGGAAAUAACAAGGGCAAAUGCUACGUCUGGAAAAUUAACGAGGAGAAAUCAGAUCUACCUCGUUACCAGGCAGUGACAAAGUUCAGCGCCCAUAAGAAGUAUCUUACUAGGGUGUUAUUAAGUCCAGAUGUGAAAUAUCUUGCCACGUGCUCUGCAGAUACCACGGUGAAGAUAUGGUCUAUAUCACAAAAUUAUGAAUUCAGACAAGAGAAGGUUCUUCAAGGCCACCAACGAUGGGUUUGGGAUUGCGCAUUCAGUGCUGAUUCAGCUUAUCUUGUUACAGCGUCCUCGGAUCACACUGCCCGGCUUUGGGAGAUGGCCUCGGGAGAGACUGUGCGACAGUAUAAUGGUCAUCAUAAAGCGGCUGUUUGUUGUGCACUCCACGAUGGUGCUGGAUAGUUUUUGUUCAUGUGUCUAACACAAUAUCCACAUCUACCGUUCUGUUUCACCAGCCUGCGAAUCUACGAAAUUUUUAUUGAUUCAUCGGGAUACUCCAUUCAGUUUUGUCGGCGAGUACUCUUUUGGGUGCCGUCGCCCCGUUUUUUUUGCUCAGCAGCCCUUGUUUCCGAGUCGCCUGUAGGGAUGCGACCGGUUCCUCAACUCUACAGACUUCUGCAUUCGCUUCGACAUUCGGGCCUACACAUCUAGCUUCCCCCAGAUUGAUAUCAAGAGAGCUGCAACAGGCAAGACAGCGCUGGCGUUGAGCCACUCUCUCCUUUGGUCCCUUAAGGCAUAAUGAAGUAAGUCCUCGGUCUUGGUUAUGUGCUAUGCUUCAUAUUCUCUUGGUAAAUCAAAUAUCACGAAUUGCACAUCCUUGAACAUCAAAACCCAAUCAAGGAAAGAUGCCCACACCAACUCCGCGUCAGUUGUUUUUCUGGUUAUUUGAUGA